GACAAGAGCAAGCUGAGAGCUGUCAGGACAAGGCUAGCAGAUGUGCCAGAACGGAGCAACAGCUUCGGAACCCUGGGCCGACGACGACGAUGGCGACGGGGACGGCGACGACGAGCGGCCAAGACAACAGGACGGGCUUCUGCUGCACAAACCGCCAACCGCCAACCGCCAACCGCUCCCUCAGCCUGACCCGAAAAGCGCACUUUUAAAGCGCCAGAGCCGCGUGGGGAUGGGGGGGACGAGACGGAUGGCUGGAUACAGCGACAAGCGGCUCCGCAUCUACACACACACACACACACACACAGUUUCGCACACACACUCUCGCACACACGCAAGGGGACGAACUCAACGAACUCAACGAACAAAAGGACCUCUGCUUACUUGCUUAGCCUAUCCUAUCCCGACUUGACCUGGCUUGGCUUGGCUGCCUAUCUGCAGGUGUGUGUGGGGAGGAAGCAUGCAUGCAUGCUGCAGGAAAAAAAGAAGCAAAAAGGACGAACAGGCUGCCGCGGCUGGCAUGGUUUCGUUCAUUCGUCCUUUUCUUUUCUUUUUUUCGAGGACGGCAGCGGCAGCCAGCCAAAAGGACGGAAGGGGUGCUCUUUCCGAACAAAAGGGAAAAAGAAACAAAAUCGAGAUUACAGUCGUGGUGUGUGUGUGUGUGUGUGUGUGUGUGUGUGUGCGCGCAUCCGAUAGGCUGUGUCGUCUACAUCAUCCCGACUCCGUCUCAAGCUUCGCACCUUUCUACUUCACCGUGCUGCACUGUUUACUAGUUGGUUGCUUGGUUGGCGGGGAUGGCGGCUUCGGGGAACACCAGGCUAGGUAUCAAGGUGGGUUAACCACGAACCAGGCUAGCCCAGACCAGCCGACCGAGACACGCCUCCAGUGCAUCCGGGGAACAUCAUCUCUCUGUGCCAGGCCAGCCUCGCCAGGUAGCUGCUGGCUGGUUAGUUGGAUGGAUCGGAUGGGAUGGACGGGAAAGCGCCGUUAUCGACUCCCCACCCCCCACUGCCGACCAACCAACGCACCCACUCACUCACACACACACACCCAUGCUUGUUUCUCUACGGUGCAUACACAUACACAAGCAGUCUAGUGCCGGACGCCCUACGAGGAGGACCUAGGGGCACGAGGCUGCGGGCAGAGAUGGAACUACCAUCGUGAGACCAUUUGUUGCUUCUUCGGUGACGACGGCCCAGAGCCCCGAGUCCAGUGGCAGAGAGGAGGCCUCCCGCAUCGACGUGAGGGGCAGGCAGGCAGAGAGAUACAGA